AUGUCUAGUCAAGGAUCGUCUCUGGUGCCGCCAGACUAUGUAACUCCCGCAUUCCCAUCAUUCUCAUGGGAUCUCGGCAACCUAAAGAAAACUGACCCUAAAAACCUCCUCUACUACCGCGGCGACAUUAUCCUCUUCACUACGCUAUGGACAAUCAUCUGGUUUGCAAUCCUGUUUGGUCUUGGUGGUGUAUGGGGAUACCUCGUGUUUAGGAAGAACAAGCUGGGCAUAUUGUUGCUGAUUGGGCAGCUGGGUGCUGGUGUGGGGCUGGGUGCUGCGAGUGGGGCUGUUGUUGGUGCUGUGCUGGGAGGAUUGUAUAAUGCAGGCCAGUUCGGCAUGCCGACUUGGAUUCCGUGUGGCUGGGGGAUGGUUCAAGCACUCGUUGUCAUUGUUUCGGCUUAUGCUGAAGUGUCGCUAAACACUCUGUAA